CUGUUUUCACUUGUCACUUGUCAGUAAAGUGAGGUUAAGAUGGACGUGGACACAGAAAGUACAGCGACUUCAAUCGACGAAAAUACCGAGAAUUUCUGCGAUAACCCCACGCGAGACACGCUAGCGGAGGGUCUUAUGGGGCUGAUCAAGCCCACGGUGGACCAGCUUGACGAACGAGUGCGUGCAACAAGAAUUUCGCAGCUUGAGCUCAAACAGUGCAUUGAAUCCCUUCACGAAGAGCUCAAAAAAAUCAACGACAACCAACAAUCAACCGUCGAUCUCGACGUCUACGUUAAGAAGUUGAUUAAUGCCAAACAGCGCGUAACAGUUUUAUCCAACAUCUUGCAGAACGUGCAAGACAGGCUGAACAAAGUGCACGCUUCCAUUGAGAAAGAAACAGUAAAACGGAAGAUUAUCUUGAAUAAUACUAUUGAGGAUCAAUCGCCAUAA